ACACACACACACAGAGCUCCCAUUGUUGCAGCCUUCCUCAGCCCACUGAUCCUAAUAUGGAAUGCAGCAGGAAACCCAUGAUUUCCUGACACUCGGCAAGCUGGAGGAAGCAAGGGGAAAACACUCCAUUAAAAAGCCCAGCUUUCCUCCAUGUUAGAUGUGACUUGGAAAAUGAGAAAGAUUUAGCAAAAUUCCACCGUGUCUUUCGCCAGGCUAGAGACAGGGAGAGAAGAGUAAAACCCUCAGGCUGCUGAAAUUUCUAGGCUGUUAGGAAGCCCCUCGAAUUCUGUGAAAAUGAGGGUUUCUUAACUCACACUGAGAGCGGAAAGGGGCAGACCCUUUUCAUAACUCCCUCAAGUGUGUGUUACCUUUCUUCACCAGCAUGGUAAGCAACAGGACAUAUCCCAGCCUCGGACAUGUCUGUAUGAUCCAAGGUACCCAAAGUCAGACAGAGUAAACUCAAGCCUGGCACUGGCUUUCUGCCGCUUCAUGUGCUUUGGAAAAAGCAGGAGAAGCAAUAGCAGCAGGAGUCCCCAGCAGCUGGAGCCGCAAGAAUGAACUGCAAAGAGGGAACUGACAGCAGCUGCGGCUGCAGGGGCAACGACGAGAAGAAGAUGUUGAAGUGUGUGGUGGUGGGGGACGGUGCCGUGGGGAAAACCUGCCUGCUGAUGAGCUACGCCAACGACGCCUUCCCAGAGGAAUACGUGCCCACUGUGUUUGACCACUAUGCAGUUACUGUGACUGUGGGAGGCAAGCAACACUUGCUCGGACUGUAUGACACCGCGGGACAGGAGGACUACAACCAGCUGAGGCCGCUCUCCUACCCCAACACGGAUGUGUUUUUGAUCUGCUUCUCUGUCGUAAACCCUGCCUCUUACCACAAUGUCCAGGAGGAAUGGGUCCCCGAGCUCAAGGACUGCAUGCCUCACGUGCCUUAUGUCCUCAUAGGGACCCAGAUUGAUCUCCGUGAUGACCCAAAAACCUUGGCCCGUUUGCUGUAUAUGAAAGAGAAACCUCUCACUUACGAGCAUGGUGUGAAGCUCGCAAAAGCGGUAUCCUGCAUGAGAACCUCUCACAACACCUGAUCGAGAUACUGAACUCUUCCUACUUCUAUGCACAAUCGGAGCACAGUGCUACUUGGAAUGUUCAGCUCUGACUCAGAAAGGUCUCAAAGCGGUUUUUGAUGAAGCAAUCCUCACCAUUUUCCACCCCAAGAAAAAGAAGAAACGCUGUUCUGAGGGUCACAGCUGCUGUUCAAUUAUCUGAGGUUGUCUGGGACCUGCCUCCACCCCAUCCAGGGAUGAGAAUGGCAGCCAAUCUCUGUGGCCAAGCUCCAGCCAAAAAGGAGGGCACGACCAGAAAGGAACUCCCUUUGCACGGAGGCUUGCCCCAUCACCCUCUGAGCCCUCCCAACACAGCACACUAGUCAGCCCACUGCCACGACCUCCCUGCCAGCCAGAAACAUCCAUACUGCACGCUCUCUGAGAAUGCUGGGCCUGGAUUGCAGACAGUGCCGCUGCUGAUCGCAUCAAAAACAAAGUCAAAGGCCAUCUCACAUUUUACAAAUCCCCAGCUCAUGAACGUGAAGCUGAUAGGAAAUCACCCCAGGGAACCUGAAAAAGAAACUUGGUUCCUCUAUUGGUGGCCUUACUUGAUGUCUUUUACAAAACUUGGGACUACAAUACUAACCUUUUUUUCUGAAUCUGCUGUUCUACCCAUGUGUCUCACAUUCAUUUGUAUUAUUUCAAGAAAUGUACUAAUUUCCAGUUCACUCAGGCCUUAAAAAUCCAUACCAAAUUAGCCUAAAGACAAGGCAUUUUAUAUUCGUUUCUAUUUUCAGCAUGUUUCUACCAAAGCUAUUAGAACCAACACGUACCUCUGAAUGCCUGAUUAUAAGAAGACACGAGAAGACUUUAAAAGUUUUGGAAAUUUACAGAGCCAUGAUUUUUGAACCUGAUUGAAAGAAAACCAUCCGAAUUGUUGCAGGUCCACAUUUUUGCCAAAGAUGCACUCUAUAGAUGCUUAGCAGUGGCCUGAUUUUUUUCCAUGUAUUGCCACGACAAACUAAAAAUGAACUGUGUUUAAGAAUGUAGUAUUUCUGUUUUUCAUCCAAGUUGAUUGGGGGAAGAAUGUGGCAGGAUCCAUCUUUUACAGUAUUGUGUAUUCAGUAAAGUGGACAUUCCUGCUCCUCCCUUCCCCCAUUGCAUGCCCUCUUCCUCCCUUGAUUUCACUUUCUCUCAUGCCCGGAUCCUUUUAUUCUCCCCAGUUAUAACCCAGUUAUAAAAGAAAGAUCUGAGCAUAAAGAUACGUGUUUAAAAAUAACUAAAAGUAAAGGAAAGUGCCUUAAUUUUUCUAUUUGCUUCAACUGAAAGUGCUUCUCAGCUCGCCCCAUGUAAGUUCUCAUUCCAUGUAAAUGACAUUUUCCAGUUACAACUGGUACUGAGAUAUUGCCUCUCUCUUUCCUUACUCAUCCUCCCAAAUGUCUUUGUGGGAGCCAUAUCAGUGGAUACCAAGCUCUGUAUCCAUUUGUCCCCUGCCCUCCACAAUGUGUGACAUAGAACAGGGACUUUGGCCCUGGGAAAGCAAAAGCUCCCAGUAAGGAAUCCUGUGCCCAAUGAUGUAAAACAAUUCCAAACAUCCAGGAAUUUUUGUAUCAUAGAGCGAAUUACUUCCUACCUUUUCAUUAGAGGCUAUGAGGGCUUCUAAUUAGUCUUAGUUGCUUAUAAGUGCCCUGGAAUCACCCAGGUAGGCACUUAAUUUUUUUUUCAGUUGCAUGAGCAAAGUGCUUCUUAGUAGUGUGAAAUUACAACAACUUUAGUUUAAGAUUUUCCAGAUUCAAGCUCCCACUGUUGGAAAAAGCCAGCCUUUCUAAUCUCUUCUGCUACUGGAAUAAGCACUUAAGAAUUGCGUGAUAGCCAGGCACCGUGGCUCAUGCCUCUAAUCCCAACACUUAGGGAGGCUGAGGCGGGUGGGCCGCUUGAGCUCAGGAGUUCAAGACCAGCCUGGGUAAUAUAGUGAGAUCCUGUGUCUCUAUAAAAAAAUUAAAAAUUAGUCAGUUGUAGUGACACAUACCUGUAGUCCCAGCUACUCAGGAGGCUGAGGCGGAAGGAUCACUUGAGCCCAGAAGGUAAGGCUGCAGUGAGCUGUGACUGUGCCACUACACUCCAGCCUGAGUGACAGAGAAAGAACCUGUCAAAAAAAUAAAAUAAAAUAAAAUAAAAUAAAAUAAAAUAAAAAAACAACCUACAUUUCAAGUACUAUUUCCCUUCUCUCCCAUCUAAUUGCUAAAGAUUUUCUUUCAUACGCACACACUCCAGUGACUGGAAAAACGGGAGUUUUAAGUCAAAGCUUGACAUUUAGAGAAAACAAGGACUUUCUGCCUUUAUAAAUGGAAAUCAACUGUGUAUGAACUAUAACUCUGCAGAGGUUAUGAAUUCAUCCUUUACAAACAAUAAUGAACUUUUAGUCCUGUAAUAAAUGAAAUGUUAUUAGGCAACUUUGUUGCAUGAUUGCAUAGUUAUAUCUUGCUAACGGGCCACUCAUUUCUCAUUGAUGUGGAUGAAAAAAUGAGAGCAGUAUGUUUCCAGGUGUGUGCACUCAACAGGCAAAUAGCUCCCGAGGUCACCACUUCCCUAAUGGGCCACAGGAAGUAAGUUGAUCAUGAUGGGGAGAUCAUGUCACCCAGAACCAGCAACUGGAUAGAGACUGUUGUUAGUGUCUGGGUAGAGCACAGGCUCCCAAGGGUCUUAAGAGCUAAUUACUGAAUAAAACAAUCUAGAACAAAGCAACCUAAAUAAGUUGAUGUCAUUCUGCCAGAUUAAUCAGUUAUUCCUUGUUUCACGGCAAGAUCCAGUUUGUUUCACUAAAAAGUGUUUUCUGCUAUAAGAUUAAACUGUCUUCUGAAACCAAAGAUAGGAAGAGACAUAGAGGCCCGGCGCAGUGGCUCACGCCUGUAAUCCCAGCGCUUUGGGAAGCCAAGGCUGGCAGAUCACGAGGUCAGGAGAUCAAGACCAUCCUGGCUAACACAGUGAAACCCCAUCUCUACUAAAAAUACAGAAAAAAUAGCUGGGCAUGGUGGCGGGCACCUGUACUCCCAGCUACUCCAGAGGCUGAGGCAGGAGAAUGGCGUGAACCCAGGAGGCGGAGCUUUCAGUGAGCCGAGACCGCACCACUGCACUCCCGCCUGGGCGAAAGAGCGAGACUCUAUCACCAAAAAAAAGAAGAGACAUAGAAAUUUGAAGAAGGAUCCUUUAAUGGUCUACACCAUCUUCCAAAGUCAAGAAGUGGCAGCUGAUAUCCAUUUGAAAGUAGAAUCCUAGCUUUUCAGAGCUAGACAAGGCCUCAGAAACUAUAGCCGAAUUCCUCAUUGUACCAAUGAGAAACUCAGGCCUAGAUGGGUAAAAAGAGGUGUGUUGUAGCAGUGCUGGGACAGAUCUCAGUUUUUCUGCUUCCCAUACAAUCCUCUUCAACCCAAUACUACAAUGUAUUCAUUAUCACAUAUUAAGCUGGAGAUUUGUAGCCAUGUCAUUAGAGUUGCAACUGUUUAUCCUAUAGAUUCCAGCCACAUUUUAAACACAUAACUUCAUGUAGUUAGGCCACUAAAAAUAAAGUAAAGUAAUCCAUCAAACUAGUAAUACACUAGAGAAUUUGACCUACAUACUAAGAUACCUGAAAUCCACAGUAUAUGGCAAUUUAACCCCCAUCUAAUAAUGGCUCAAUCAAGUAGCUAAACAUAUUUAUUUCACUCAGAUGGUUGGUUGUUUGGUAGAAUGAAUGGACUCCUUGGGCUAUUUUGGGAACAAAAAAGGACUAGGACACAAAUCAAAGCCACAUCCACAGUAAGAAAUCCAGGCUGAUCUCUGCCAAGAAAAGUUACAAAGAAUAAUUACUUGAUCACGUGGGGAAAUUUCAACAUAAAAGAAGUAAUGGAUAAAACGAAAGAAAAAUGAACAAUUGCUGAAGACAAUAAUUAUAGCAACCCUAACCCAGAAAGCACUAAGCCAGGAAGUCAAAAACUAAGUCAUACACAUAUGACAAGGUGCAGGGGUUGGUCCUGAGACUUCAGUGAGAAUAUGUCCGAUCAGGAUAUGCAAAGAACCAUUUGGAAGAUUUCUAGUUCAUAAGGGAAGUACCAAAUGAAGUGGAUGGGACCAUACGCAAUUUGCAUAGGACCCCCAAGGAGGAAAUAGUAUGACAUGGUAGUAAAAAAGCAA